GCUAUUUGGCCGAUAAGCACAAACCCCAGGUGGAUUUUUCUCGCGAUUUUGUGUCGCCAUCGCCAGAUCGCCAUCGGCUGCUCGAUUGUGCGUCUGACGAAUUGGAGCGAGAGUCCCAGUGGAGGAGCUGCUGUUUGUCAGUUUCCCGGGGAUCAGUGCUUUUCCUCUCUUUCGCGAUGAAUGCGACCGCGGUGAGGUCAUUGAGUUUUUGAUCCACUGCUCUUUCGUACAAGGAAGUCUAAUGUGACUUGUCGCCACUGGCUGGCUCAGUGGCACACUCCUCUGGCCAGUCUGUAUGGGACGGAGUUUUUGUUUUGCUCCACCACCACCGUCGCCACCACCAUCGCCGCCACCUCCGCCAUUGCCGCCAGUGGCAGCAGGAUGAGUUCCUUGGUGGCGAGAGAUCACAAGGUGCUGGUGAAAGCUGGAAGACCAUCUUCCUCCUCUUCUCGUUGCUGGAGAUCCCCUCUCGCCUGGUUCUACCGCAUUUCCUCUUGGAGAUCCAGGCUUCUUCUCGGGAUCUCGAUGCUGAUUUUUAUCUUCUUGGUUUCGGCAGCGAUUGUGAGAUGGAACCAAGACGAGGCGAAUUUUCUUCUCGUCUCGAGGCACCAUCGCUACACGGUUCUCGUCAACACAUGGAAGCGCUACGAUCUCUUGCGAAAGUCCGUGGCCCACUACGCAUCGUGCCGCGGUGUCGAUGCGAUCCGGGUGGUGUGGAGCGAGAGCGAGCCGCCCUCGGAGUCGCUGCUGGCGGCGCUGGAAAAAUCCAUCCGCGCCGCCGAGAACAACCCCGAGCUGGAGCUCCGUAUUGACAUCAACGACGAGGACAACCUCAACAACAGAUUCAAGCCGCUCGACGGCGUCACCACCGACGGGAUCUUCUCCAUCGACGACGACGUUCUGGUCCCUUGCACGACUCUGGAGUUUUCUUUCCGGGUGUGGCUGAGCGCUCCUGAUAGCAUGGUCGGUUUCGUGCCACGGAUGCACUGGGCACGAUUGAAGAACAACUGGAAGCAAAUCUCGCCAACUUUCCGGCCGGAGCAGCCGACUUUUACGUAUGGAGGCUGGUGGUCCGUUUGGUGGAUGGGGACCUACAGCAUGGUUCUUACGAAAGCGGCAUUUCUCCAUCACAAGUAUCUCGAGUACUACACGCUCCAAAUGCCCGCUUCCAUACGGGAGUAUGUCGCAAACCAGAGGAACUGCGAGGACAUUGCCAUGUCUUUCAUGGUCGCGAACUUGACAAACGCUCCUCCGAUCUGGGUGAAAGGAAAACUCUACGAGAUUGGGUCGAGCGGGAUCAGCAGCUUGAAAGGCCACGAUGUCCAUCGCACGGUGUGCGUGAAUUUUCUAGCAGCUCGCUACGGCUACAUGCCGCUCGUGGCAAGCAAUGUCAAAGCCGUGGACGCAAACUUGCAGUGGUUUUGGUGAGAAAACUUUGAGAAACUUUCCUGAUUCAUGCUCGGAGAGAAAAGAGCGAGAAAGAGAAGAAAAGCUCCUAGAAGUCCGAGAGUUCAAUGGUUAUAACUCUCUGCAAAUAGAGGGAAAAGAGACUGAGAAACCAAAAAAGAAGGCUUUUGCAAAGAGUUC